CUGGGACAUAAUAUAUUGAAUCAGUAUACUAUUCCCAGGUAUUAUACUUUUUUUUUUAAAUAAAAGGCAAUACUUAAAAGUAUUUUGGAUCUCAAGCGUUUAAUAAAAUGGCGACCAGUGGAACAUUGAUACAAUUUGACAGAGAUGGGACCAUUAAGGAACUUGAGGAAAAUGGUUAUGUAGUAAUACCAAAUGUUUUAAGUAGAGAAGAGUGUGAUCUGUAUUGCAAAGAAUAUAAAGACUGGGCGAAACAACUCGAAAAUGAUGGUUUACCAUUCACCAGUUUUGAAUCCCUCAUACAAGGGCAUAGUAUUGGCCACUUUAAUGCAAGCUGGCAAGUACGACUCAAAGUGAAAGAAAUAUUUGCUCAGAUCUGGAAAACGGACAAAUUGUUGUCGAGUAUAGAUGCUGUGGCUUUGUCUUGUCCUCCAGAAGAAGGAAGUAAUUUGUAUGCAAAACCAGACCAGAACUGGCUUCACUUAGACCAAGGAGGACAGAGAGUAGGACUACAUGCAUACCAAGGAGGAGUUUAUAUAGAGGAAACACAUGAAACUGAUCACUGUUUUCGUGUAUUGGCAAAAUCACACAAAGAGCAUGACAAUUUUAUGAGAACCUUUCCAUAUGUACUGGAAAGAACUAAGAAGAGUGAAUUUUUCAAAUUGAGCGAAAAGGAGAGAAAAUGGUAUACUGAAGAAAAAGGAUGCAAAAUGACAAAAGUUCCCUGUCCUAAAGGUGGAAUAAUCUUAUGGGACUCGAGGACAAUUCACGAUAAUUCCCGCCCGGAGUUUCGGCGACCUAAUAAAGACAGGUGGCGCCAUGUUGUAUUUGUUUGUAUGACUCCUGCAGCUUGGACAACCCCAGCUGAUUUAGCUAAGAAGCGCAAUGCAUAUGAGAAUUUAGAAAAUACAUCACACUGGCCGUCGAAAGGUGUAAGUAUUUUCAAAUGUUCCCGAUCAUCAAACUCUCAUACACUAUCAAAGCUACCAGAAAUAGGUAAAACAAAGGAAGCAAAAAUGUUAAUGGGAAUUGAACCAUAUGAUUUUGAUGACGGAGAACCAAACGGUCCUGAACAACCCAUUGAAAUGUAAUUACUUUAUUAUCUGUUGUGAGUUUUGUAAGACGCAGACGAUCAUGAAUCAUUUUAAAAAUAUAUAUUUUAACAUUG